UUAGCCGUAUUUGAGCCCUACGAGUAGUUAGUCCUGGCAACAGGGGCAGCUUCAAAACACGCAAGAUGGCGGUUACGCGAAAUCGAAACUGCCCGUGAAGACUCCUCCCUUCGAAAAUGACAAACGGCUUCGCGAAUAUUUUCCUACCCGUGCAACUGUGCCAGGGCACGGGCGUACUCUUGGGAUGCGCUGACAAUGCGAAGACCAAUAUCGCUUGCACGGCGUCUCUCCUGCUUCCCGCUUCCAAGGCGACCAAAGCGACGGUGGACGAUUUCAGGUACUGCCUAGCGCCGUGCGGCGAAUCGUGCUUCGUAGGGCUCCUCACGAGAGGCGAGGACCACGUAGUCUUAGUGGCGCACGCCAAGGAGACGCUCGACUUCUGCAUCCAGGUCGACGACUACGGGAACGUCGUGCAGUCCUUCGUGAGGCAGCCCUCGACGAGGACGAUGGUCGUGCUAUAUGACGCCCACGCCUUGGAAAGCACUCCUAGCUUUCGCGAGAGCGGCGUUAAUGCAUUGGUGGGCUGGUUGCUGAAGUGUCAGGGGUUCCGUCUACCCGAAGGCGUCGUAGUCGGCUGCGUCGUAGUCGGCUGUGCCGAUGUCUUGUACGCCAGUGCCGACGCGGAGGAGAUAUCUUUCCUGUGGCAGCCAGCGAUCUGCGCCGGUUCGUUGAUACAGGCAGCGAAGACGGCGAUCAAGCGCAAGCUACCGACCCGGACGACGUCGAUGCUGUCGACGUGUGCCCAGGCGACGUCCACGGGCGCACUGAUCUGCAAGCGACUCGAUGACUUCGCUGCAGUCGCCGACAGCGUGCGAACGCAUGGUCGCAUCACUCUUCGCUGCAAGAACAGGAUGUGCAGCGUUCUUCUCGACUGCCUGCUGGGCGCCUGCAUCGCCUGGGUGGUGCACUGGGACAACGGCUUCUCCGAGGAAGUGCCCUGGGCGUCGCUCGAGUGGACAGAGACUGUAGUCCAGCACCUGCAGACGCUUAUCCAGUGGCUGAUGGGCGCCCCUGCUGGACUGAAGCUGAACACUGCGCUCAACAACGCGCUGGGACGCUUCUUUCUCUACCACAUAAGCCUGUGGAAGACCUACGUGGGCGUCGUGGAUCCCUGGGUCGGUGCUCUGUUCAGCCUCUGGCCGGGCAGCCUGACCCUGCACCUGGCCCUGGCCUCGGACCUGCUCGCCCUUGCCACGGUGCACAUGUACUGCUUCUACGGCUACGCCUGCCGCCUCUACCAGGGCUGGGUGCGCGCCCUAGGAGCCCUGUGGCGACUGUUCCGCGGGCGCAAGUGGAACCCACUGCGCAGGCGCGUCGACUCUCACCGCUACGACGUGGACCAGAUGUUCGUGGGCACGCUGCUGUUCGGCGUCCUCUUCUUCCUCUUCCCCACCGUGGCCGUCUACUACGUCGUCUUCAUGGCGCUCCGGUUGGUCGUCCUGUGCGUGCAAGGAUUGCUGAGCCGGGCGGUGCUCGUGUGGGACUCGUUGCCUUUCUACACACUGGCGGCGAGAACUGUCACCGGACGACCCAUCGUGGGAGACGUCCGCUUCGACGCCUUGUCAUCCGGGCCGGAGUUCGCACUUUAUAUGCAGGUGACCGGUGGGAGCGUAGACUUGCUUCCAGAACCCCUUGGCUUCCCCUCAUGGAAGGACCUGUUGGCCGACCUCCUUGUUGGACGCAUCGUCUAUCCUCUCUGAAGAGAACACCUAUCCCAUUGGACGCUUAUUGUUUUACGUCAUCGAACACGUGGCUUCCAAGCACCCUUAGCGAAAGACGUGCGACAUACUAGUCGAUGGAUUACGUCUAAUGCAUACAUGUAGAUACUGUCACGCGCAGACAAAGCGCCGUUCCACUGAAAACGACGAAAGCGUUAUUCUUCAACAGAUGACACAUCCAAUCCAGAACGAGCCAUUCAGGAAAUUCCUACGGCUUCCAGUUUUAUUACAGAGUAUGUUCUUUUUUUCUCGGAGCACGGCCAAACCUUUUUUAGGCAUAGUCAAUCGGGGAAGCUACAUACAGUCUAACCUCGGUAUAACAAACGGGGAUACAGCAUCAUCGCAUAUAACAAAAUAAAUCUGGAACGUUUCUGGUCGCUCUCAACGUGUAGCAACAUACACGCCUAUAGCGAAUGUAGCGUGUAACGAAAGACCCCGCUAUAGCGAUGAUCCACGGGGUGUUCUAGUGGUUCUUGUGCUUGACUGCUGACCCGAUGGUCGCGGGAUCGAAUCCCGGCCACCACGGCCGCAUUUCGGUGGAGGCGAAAUGCUAGAGGCCCGUGUGCCUAGAUUAAGCUGUACGUUAAAGAACCCCAGGUGGUCGGAACUUCCGGAGCCCACCACUACGGCGUCUCUCAUAUUCAUAUCGUGGUUUUGGCAUGUAAAACCUCUCAACUAUUAUUAUUUGUUAUAGUGAGGCUGUGACUGUAUUUAACAACAGUUAUGUUUCGUACGAAUUUACGGCGGCCAUAAUAUUAUAUACCAAGUUUUCCUGGAAGAUUAUAAAGAUAACAGGGCAGUGAUAAGAUUACGGGCCAGCUAGUUCUAGAAAAAGGUACUUCAAGUUAUCUACGCUCUUUCAUUUCCUUUGUGAGUUGCAUUGGUCGAGUCGCCCGCUUCUUCUGGCUCUUACUUAUUGUGUCCCCCGUUUGAAGUACUGUCGGCGUCAAACGAAAAGUGAACCGCGGCAAGCAUUAGUAAUGGUAUGGUGCGUGCCUCCCAGUCAUCACCAUGAACACGCGCAGUGCUGCCAAACCGGAGUGCUGCGCGCCUGUCAACGGUGACGACUGGAGGGCGUGCACUAUGCCAUUUCUAAUGUUUGCAGCUGUUCAUGUUUCAUUUGACGCCGAUAGUACGUCAGUACAUUUAUAUACUGCGACAUUAUACGCUCACCGCUCGCAUCUCGGGAGGUCAUGGUGCGCACGCGCAGCGGAAUCCGCUGACGGGGGAAGUCGCGCAAGAAAACCGCAUGCAUGUGUAAGCCUGCCGAAAUAGCUUUGCAAUCGCUAGACAAGCACAGAUACGCUGGAGUUUGACGUGCACGAUGAGUUUUCUUUUAUGUGUUGGCCUGCUUUCGAAAAGCCUUCCAUAAGGAUAAAAAAAAAAACCCCGUAAGCUCCAUAUCGACAUAUCGCGGUCUCAUAUGAAGACGUUAUAUUCACAAGUUAUACACGACCCCAUAAGAACACGCAACCUUUAUAAAGGACCAUGUGUGUCAUACGGGGCUUACUUUUUGAGGCAUGAACAACGAGGGACACUCUUGUUUCUCUUGCAAGCACUUCCGGUCGAGCUUUCACUUCCGGUCUUCCGAAUAUUCAGAAAAAAAGUCUUGUAAAAAGUAAAACCGGUACGAAAUCGAUGGUUCUCGUUCAUGUAGGUACAUGUGAUAUCGGAGCGUACGUUUACGUAAUAUGAGGGUCAAUAAACUAUCCGUAUAAUUAAUUAAAAUUAUUCCAGUGAGUAGCUGUGAUCGUUGCGGCACCUGGCGGAUCAGAUCUCAACCGAACGCUUAUUUCUACGUGGCCUCUGAGAGCACAGUGCGAUGUAGCACAAAGUUAAACCAAGGAAUACACCUAUGCACACGAACGCCGACGUGCGAGUGCCGCUACCAGACACCUAAGUCAAGGAUUAUGGCCGCCUCCAUAUUUAUUCUUGCUUUUUUUGUG